AAAGCAAUGUUCUGGCUAAAUUUCCUUUAAAUGUUCGAAAGGUACUUAUAUCUGAGAUAACGCAAACUUUACUCCAAGCACAUGAUCCAAAUCUUUUAUCAUCGAUCACUCACGUUAAAUGGGUUAUGGAAGCUAUUGGUCAAGGAUUUGCUUUACCUUUAGAAGAAAUGACUACUAUUACCGCCAAUUCAAAAGAAUUAUAUUCUCAAUGGUUAUUUGAACCAAAUUCUAGACCUGCCGCUAUUAGAAAUGCUACUGGUCAACAGGAAGAACAAGAAUUUUGGCAG